AUGACGCUCAGCCCCGAAGAGCAGGCGAAGCAGGACCUUGCGGAGGCCACCAUGGAGCUGAGCAUGCUCGCGUCCAACCUACGUCAGAGUGGGGGCUUGCAGAGCAGCCUUCUGGGAACCCAGUUGGGCUUCACAGGUACUGGCCAAGAAGCCGAGGAGCGCCCAGCGAAGUACUCCAAAGACUUGAACAAAGGUCCGGCUGGGAAGGGCAGAGGAGCGAAUGGCGGGCUGAAGCGCCAUUACCAGCCUCGCGGAAAUCAGGCAGCACGGGAGACAGGAACAUCCUCCACUGGCUUGGUGCUGUCCCCAGAGACCAUCCAGAUGCUCAUCAAGUUGCUGCUCCGCCACGAGGACCAGUUGGCCACGUUCAGGUUGUCGACAGCAUGGGUGUUCUUCCUCUCGGCAGAGAAGCCGGUGGAGAUCCUCGAGACGCUCUUCGCAACUGCGACGCAGUGGCGCCAUCAGAAGCUCAACGAUCCGGCCUCUUUGAAGAACCCGAUGAGAGUGAUACUCUUUCAGGCUACCUGGAAGGAGAUGUACACGCGCGCAGAGAACAUUCGCACCAAGGAGGACGCCAAGCAGACGGCCGUAGACAUGGGCAUCUACGACGAGGCCAAGGGCUUCCCGUACCAGAUCUGGAACCCCAAGGAACGGAAAGCUCAGACCGACGAGACCAGGGACCCGCUGCCGCUGGACAAGGUGCUGGCGCUGACGGCCGAGUUGAUGAAGCUGGCGGCGGGCAAUGGCGUCAUCACGCGGUACCACUGCACGCGCCCCCUGACGGAGGAGAUGAAGGGCACCAUGACCACGUGGCUCAUGGAAGUGGGAUUGCGAGAUGCCAGAUGCAAUCGCAUUUGGGAGAUCUUGUCCAUCCUGAAGGGCAAUGCAUCGAUGAAGCUGAUUGGAGGGGCCGUCCGCGAGGAGCGUCUCCAGCGCACGCCACUCGCCCAGACGCUUGCGCAGCAGCUGACGAGGCAGCACGAAAGCGUUUGUUGCAACUAA